AUGGUUUCAUUUGCUAAAAUUCAAUUUAACCCAGAAGAAGAAGAUAUCUUUGAUGAUCUAAUCAUGUCAGGUAAACAAUUCAAAAUACUCAACUCAAAGAUGAAUUCUCUUUUUCAAAUUGUAGCAGAUAAUGAAGGAAAGCAUUAUGUGACUGGAACAGAAAUGGAUUACUUGAUGAAAGCUCAAGAAUCUCAGUUACGAAACUUGAUAGCGGAUAUUGAGCAGAAACAAGCAGAACUUUUAGCCUUUCAUUCAAAAACCUAUGAUUACAAAAUACAGAGUCUUCAUGAUAAUGAUAAGGCUCGUCAUGACAUUUUCAUGGAAUCACUCAAUGAAACGAAGGAGCCUCUUGAUGUCAAGGUUGUUGAGCUAAAAUCCUUGAUGACAAAAGAAAUUAAAAAAUUGAAGAUAAUAAUAAUAAUAAGUUUCUUCAAGACAAAGUCGAUGGUAUUACUGGUGCCAUCACUCGUUUAG